ACCAGUCUUCCUUCCUUGGCUUGCCGCAAAAGGUGAAGUGUUAUGAGGCGGAGUAGCAGCACAUUCCAAUUGAAGCUGCAGAAGGUGUGAGUAACAUCAGCACAGUUAUGAGGCGGAGCAGCGGUUAGUGGAUGUGGGAUUGGAGAUGAGAUGAGAUGGAUUGAUUGUUGAUUUGUGGGACGAAUUUCUGCUAACACGCCAUUUCAUUUUACUUGUUUGAUACACGCCACGCCACGCCGCGCCCAAUUGACAUAAACACCUCAUUUCAUUUAGCCUCAUUCUAAUUUUCGUAACCAAAAAAACCACUUCUCUUUCAGAUAGUACUAUUAGAUAAUUAGAGUAUCUUUUUCCUAAACUCAACCAAAUUUUGAAAAACAAAAAUAUCCAACUUUUCAUGACAAAAUCAUUCAAGGGUUUCGUUCAAUAUUCAAAUAGUACUCCAUAAAAUUUUGUUAAAAUCCAAAAUUCCUCUUCUCUGUGAAAAUGUAAUGUAAAUAUAAAUACAUCUACACACCAACUGAGAUGAUAAUUUGAAUGCAAUGGCACCGCCCAGAACCCCACCCCUCUUCAUCACACUCUCACUCCUAUGCAUUCUCUCUCUAAUUUUCUUCUACCUCUACUCCACCUCCACCAUCCCACCACCGCCAAAUUUCAAAACCGAUUUCUCCCAAGAUCGCAUCAAGGUCUACGUCUCCCCCCUCCCCAGAUCCCUCAACUACGGCCUUUUACAAAAAUACUGGGCCCUAUCCUCCAACACAAGAAUCGGCAGCCAAGUCGACAACGAAAUCCGUAAGAAAAUCUCGCCCAAACAAUCCCUCAAAUCCCUCCCCUUCCCCGAAAACCCCAUUAUUAAACAGUACAGCGCUGAAUACUGGAUCUUGGGAGAUUUAUUGACGCCUGAGCAUCUCAAAGGAGACUCCUUUGCCAAGAGGGUUUCGGAUUCUAGGGAGGCCGAUGUGAUUUUCGUGCCUUUUUUCGCCGCAUUGAGCGCUGAAUUGCAGCUGGUGGUUGAUAAAGGCGUGUUUAGGAAGAGGGUUGAGACGAAUGAGGAUUAUGUGAGGCAGAGAAUGGUGAUUGAUUCGGUUAAAAAGACGGAAGCUUGGCGGAAAUCUGGGGGCAGAGAUCAUGUUUUUGUUCUCACUGAUCCUGUUGCAAUGUGGCAUGUCAAAGAUGAGAUAGCCCCUGCUAUCCUCCUUGUGGUGGACUUUGGUGGCUGGUACAGGCUUGACACGAAGACAUCCAAUGGAAGCUCUUCCGACUCAAUGAUACAUCACACUCAAGUCUCUCUACUGAAAGAUGUCAUUGUACCUUACACCCAUUUACUUCCUAGGCUACACCUAUUUGAAAACCGGAAGAGGCCCACACUUCUUUACUUCAAAGGAGCAAAGCAUAGGCACCGGGGAGGUCUUAUUCGUGAGAAAUUAUGGGAUUUGUUGAUCGAUGAGCCGGGAGUGAUUAUGGAAGAGGGCUUUCCUAAUGCCACAGGGAAGGAGCAAUCGAUAAAAGGGAUGAGGUCAUCGCAGUUCUGCUUACAUCCAGCAGGUGACACACCAACUUCGUGCAGACUCUUUGAUGCUGUGCAGAGUCUCUGCAUACCAGUCAUUGUCAGCGACAAUGUUGAGCUACCAUUUGAAGGCAUGGUGGAUUACUCAGAAUUCUCUGUUUUUGUUGCUGUUAGUGAUGCUUUGAAGCCCGAUUGGCUAGUGAGUCAUCUGAGAAGCUAUUCUCGUAAACAGAAAGAUAGGUUUCGCAGAAACAUGGCCACGGUUCAACCGGUCUUCCAAUAUGACAACGGCCAUCUGGGUGGUGUUGGCCCGAUACCUCCAGGUGGCGCAGUGAAUCACAUAUGGAGAAAAGUUCAUCAAAAGCUGCCAUUGAUCAGAGAAGCUAUCACACGAGAGAGGCGAAAACCUCAGGGAGUAUCGGUUCCACUUCGUUGUCAUUGCAUUUGAUGUAUCAUAUUUCCAUAACUCACUUCUUCACUUUACUCCAUUUUUGUAUUUUAAUGUUUUCGUUUAUUCAUCAAUAUGGGUUUAUUAUACCUUCUUUAAUAGAUCUACUACACAAGGUUUGCAUUUG